UAUCAUCGACACGGUUCAACCAAUAUACAAGUUCCUUCGCUUCGCUGAUCAGGACAAGAAGCCGAACAUGUGCGAAGUCGUGAUGGCCUACCAGACUAUGAAACAGGAGCUGAAGUCUUUCUUUGGAACAAAUGUUUCCACACUGAAAGAGUAUGUUGAGGUGGUGGACGAGAGGUUGCGUGAUGUGUUCAUAGGCACGUAUGUGGGUCCAGCUGCUGUCCUAAAUCCGAGGUAUGCAUAUACGAUGGAUCCAACUCAACAAAUGUUUCGUGGACUUAAGGAUACAUUUCAGCGCAUGACGGAUCUCCAGAGCGCCGUCCAGGCAUUGCAGGAGUUUGACGUGUUUCGGCAGAAAAUUGGCGAGUAUAGCAGUGAUAUGGCAAUGCGGAUGGCGAUGGACACAAAGACAUCCUCAUGUAAGAGUUAUUCCGUAUGAAAUUGUUAUUUUCUCUAUUCGAAAAUAUUGCUUACAUACUCGGUUGCACAUGCAGCGUCCUGGUGGAUGAUGUUCGGAUCAAGUACUCCAAAACUGCAGUACCUUGCCAUGAGGCUUGUUUCACAAUGUUGUUCGUCCAGUGGAUGCGAGCGGAACUGGAGUACU